UAAUUUGCUCGAAUGACAAAUGAUAUCCUAUUUUCAGGAGGCCUACCGCGAAAAUCGAAACUCCAUAAAUUGCGGGGAUCUUUCUCUUUUACUCUCACUAAGACUCUAAUUGUGUGACAGAGAUAAAUGCCCAUAAUUGAAUAACUUCGAUUUUCGCGGUUAUAGCCCGGAUAUCCACAAAACGAACAUAUGUCAGUCAGAUGUAAACUAAACAAACGUCAUUUCAAAAAUAAACUCAUUCACAUCACAUCUUAUUUAUUAGAACAGAAUCGCUUGUUUAUACUCUUCUAACUAAAAAUGAAGAUACCAUUGUUAGUAACGAUUUGUAUGUGUUGUUACCCACUUGAAACUGUACAGCAAGAAGGACCAGACCCUUGGCACAAUAAAAAUGACGCAAUACUUCAACAAAAUGAGAAUAUUGAUGUUACACCUGAUCUAAGGAUGUCUUUGCCUCAGAUUAGGCCUACAGAAUCCGCUAGUACAGGGAUGAGAGACUGGUUCUUUAAACGAAUGCUAGCCAUUAUAUUAAAAGGAGGGCAAUAUAAAAAAAAUGAAGACAACUCAGUUGAAGUUUCAGUUCAAAUGCGAUUUGACGAGAGUCAAUGGACCACUUUAAAUGAUUACCUCAAUCCAAAUGUAGGUCUAUCUGAGGAAAUAUUCCGUCGAUCAGUGGGAUAUGUGGAGAAUGCCAUUUACAAGCCUAGUGUUUCCGAAAGAAUAGUUAUGGCGUGGAAUAAUUACAUCCAAUUUUAUUUGGUGGAAUAUAAGAUGGAAAUCACAGUGGCGUUUGGAAUAUUAGCAGCUGCUGGUGCAAUGAUGUGGCUGUGGAAUCAUAUGUCUCAUAGACACUUCAAGAUUAUUGUUUUUAUUGCAUUAUAUUUAUAUGAAGUAUUUCUUUCAUACAAAGAGGCUGAGCAACACGAAUUUGAUCGCUACAUGUCAGCAAUUAAUAAAUGUAAAUGGUAUUUCUGGUCCUCUACCUGUGAUGUGCCACCUCCCGAUCCUAUAAAGUUCUUGAAAUAUAUGAACCCAUUGAAAAUCGGUGUGAGGAUGUUUACUACAAUUAUAUCUGAGCCUAUGAUCACUAUAAGUGCUACAGUGCAGACUAUAAUACAUGGGAUAACAGAUGGCAUGUGGUUUCCCCUGAAUGUAAUAAUGACAGGUUUAUUAACUUUAGCUUUUACUAUUAUAUUAGUUGUUCUUCUUGUGAUGAUAGUAUUUACCUAUAUACUUAACAUUCCCUUUAAUCUUAGUUUUCUAUGUGGUUUAUUUAGCAUUGGCGUGAAUGAAAAAUGUGGUAGGACUAAUACAAGUAACGUAAGCGGUAAUCAGCUACCUAGCAUAGAUGGUGGUGGAGAUCGGAUAAGCAGCGCCACUCUAGAUAGGAUAUUAGAUGUAUGUACGCGGGCACUUACAAGUGCACAAAUUAAUAAUACAAGUUCUACUCAAAUCCCACGAAUCCAGGCUGCAAGACCUCUUAGUAUUAGUAAUGGAACAAUACCAAUAACUUCUUUAAAGAGGUCUUCUAGCACUGGACGAUUGCAAGAGUAUAAAUCUUAUAAUCAUGAUUUUGAACUGUCUACAAUAGAUUCUGCAGUUAGAAAAAGAAAUCAUGGGAAUACAAGAUUAAAUGAUGGCAGUGGUGAUGCAUUUUAAAAUGCACGGACCUAACUGAGUAGAACUAGAAGCUUUGAGGGUAUCAAAUUCCGUUUGAUAUUAUAAUAUGCACAGGGCCGUAGGAGACGAGGAAUGCCUUCAACUAAUAAAACAUGUAGACCGAAAAAAACGGUUUUUUAGAUCAUAACUAACACAUCAAGUUUUUUUCACCAUACUACCUGGUACCCAACUUCAAAAUUCAUUUCUAGUUACGGCCCUGUAUUGUAGAAUAAGGCAGGUAUAAUAUAAUCAUGUUCGACUAACUCUGUGAUAUUUUUUAAUUGAAAUUGAAUCGUUAUUUAUGUUGGCUUUUUACCAGUAAUAUGUAAAUAAUGACUAAGUAGGUUUAUUUUUGGAUGAAAUGUAAUAUAAGGUGCAUUUUUUUACGUUUCUGUUUAUGGUUGAGUUUUAGCGGAAAAAGCUAAAAAGGAGGCUGUUGUGCUUGCAAGUAGUAAGUACAUUUAUCAUCAUUUUCAUAAAGAUGUGCACAGUACAGAUCUAGCGAAUAUGCCGCUCGCGCCCUGCGUGCGCUCUGCAUGCGUGCAUAGUACAGUUAGUUUUAACAGUUUACUCGCCUAAUUGGCACAACUCGUAUAACACGCCACUAGAUACAGACGGGCUGGCAGCCCUGCAAACGAGCAGUUGCGCCAUGACGCACGAGUAGGAGGCCAAUUCGAACGUACACUUGAAUAGCAAAAUUAUAUCAUUUAGUUAUCAUUCGUGCUUGCAUUUCGCUCGUACCUGUCCGUACACGCAUUAGCGCGAGCGAGACGCACGGGCGAAUAAGAACAAAAUGACAUCAUUUAGAUGUGAAAAUGUAAGUUUGAAUUAGCCUUCUGCUCGAAAUUGACCGUACUACGUAAUGCACAAGUGCAGCCGCGAUUCAAGCUUUCGCUGGACUUGGACGCAACAAGAAUCUAACGUUAUUAUAUAAUUCCAGACUUAAUGAUCAGAAUAAAAUUGAAAAAAACUGUAUGCAGCAUUUCAGAUGGACGUUAAUAACUUCCCUUAGGCAAUAAAUAAAUAUUUAUUAGGUCUUUUUUCAGCACUUUUCAUUGAUAAUCUACUCUAUAGCGAAACGAAUCUUGUAACUCGAUAAUGUUUUUAACCCAAUUCAGCGCUAAUCAAGUUUGUCGUUUUGCCUCUACAUACCGGGAAAACUAUGUUAUCAGCUACGACGUAGCGCUACGACCGUAGCUCAGCGGUGAAUGUGUUAAUGAGAUUUUUGUAAACUUUAAUAAAGUCCUAGUCAAUAUAA